AUGUCGAGUGUGGAAGUUGAACUGGCAGAAAGUGGAAGUGCGGAGCGUGCUGGGAACCCAAUUGGUGCGCAUUACCUCGACCAAGAUGCAUUAGAACCUGCAGCCGAUGUGGGAGAACAGCCCACGGCUGCUGUGAGAGAACUGGAACCCGUAAAAAGGCUAACGAGGCCUGUUGUGAAGACCCGGACCACUCCUUCAGCAGCAGCAGCAUCAUCAGCGGGCCGACCCAGCUUCAGCAGCAAUAGCAGCAGCAUCAGCGGGCCGACCCUGCUUCAGCAGCAGCAUCAGCAGUACUAUCAGCAGCAUCAGCGGGCCGGCCCAGCUUCAGCAGCAGUAGCAGCGGGCCGACCCAGCUUCAGCAGCAGCAGCAGCGGGCCGACCCAGAUUCUGCAGCAGCAGCGGGCCGACCCAGAUUCAGCAGCAGCGCGCCGACGCAGCUUCAGUAGCAGCAGCAGACCGACCCAACUUCAGCAGCAGCAGCAGCAACAGGCCGACCCAACUUCAGCAGCAGCAGCAGCGGGCCGACCCAACUUCAGUAUCAGCAGCAUCACCUGGCUACAUGUUAUGCACUAG